UUGUACCAUAGCCUAAGGAAGGCCAUUAAACCGAAGAAAAAAAGAAUCAAGGUGAUCAACAGAGCAGUGUGGAGAUUGAAAGUACUGAACAUUGGCAAUCAUCACUACUUACAUGAUCAGGGAUGAUGGGGCGAGCGAUGGAUGGACAGCAGCCGUCUCAUGGAAUCACAGAGAAAGAAGAGAGAGAUCUCAGGAAAUUCACCAAGUUUCUUGCUUUGAAGGCAAUACAGGUGAUUGUACAAUCAAGGACAGGAGAGAAAACAAAUACAAGAUCUAAAUCUAAUACCGAUGGUACAGACUGGUUCAAUCUUGCCAUUCCGGAGAAGGCCACAGUCAAGUCACAUGCCAAGAAACUUCUCAUGACGGACAUACCGAGGGCGGGCUACCCUCUCAAUGUAGAGAUCACUCUGGAAACAGCAGAGGGAGAUAAGAUGGUUCUGGAGUCGUGGAGCCUGGCUGUUAACGAUACCGUUGACCCUAACACCAAGGUCCACUACACGGUGUAUAACCGUAUGGGUCUCCUGCUCAAGUCUCUCAUCUGUGUGUCCAGAGUGACACCAGCAUACAGGAUAGCUAGAAGACAGGGUACAGGAGACUACAGGAUACUGUCAAGGGUCUUCUUUGGAGAGACCAAGCUCUCUUUGCUUGGAGAAGACUUCAGCUCAGUGCAAGUUGGUAGCGUCCCCACUCCUGUCGGUACCGUCAUACUAAACGUUGCUUACAGGACAAAACUUACUAUAUCAACAUCCAGACACAUCUCGAGGGUGAGAGCACCUGUCCCCCUGAAGGAGGAUCAUUAUAGUACCAGUCCAUCUCAUAAAGGUCCAGGACCUGGUUUGCCCGUAGGAACCAAACCAAGUAUCGGUAUUGAAGACUCCAACACAACCCUUGAUAGUUCACAGGAUUACAUUGUCGGCUCCUUCUCGACCUCUCCUCCUGAUAACUAUGCCUUCCCAUCCAGAGGAGAUCAGGCCACGCCUAGCCCUGUCAGGGGGAGGGGUGCAUCAGAAGACAGACUGACCAAACCACCUAGUUCAUCUACACCAGGUGGCUUUGACUUACCGGGGAGGCUUGGACCCUUUGCAAGUCCAAAGAAUGUAGCAGGCUCGGAAAGUCUCAUCUCUGAUGACAUCCCUUUCGGCUCCUUGCUUCAAGAGGUUGGGGGUAGCAUGGCCGAUAAAUUCAUCGUGACAGGGAAUGAAGAUCAACCGAGUGCUCAAGAGGGUGCAGACCAACCAGACUGGACAGGCUUGGAUCUAUCACAGCACUCUAACAAAUCAAGCUUGCCGUCUGAUAGUGAUGACUUUGUCAUGGUUGAUCUGAACCCCGCUUUUGCCAAGCAAGACACUAGCAGUGACCUAGUAGCUUUCUGCUGUCAGUUUCAACAAGCUCCGCCUCUAGAACUCUUUGACCACCAACCCACUCUAGGAGAAACACUGAGUAAGCUUCCAGAAAGGCUAGCGCAGUUCAAGGAAAAUGAAUCCGAGUUUGAUGCCUUUGUGGCCAGUCUCCAAAGGGAUGUUGAUGAAUACAGUGACUAAGAGCUGAGAUGAAAUCAUUAUCGCCAUCAGUUUCAUCAUGACGUCAUUAUCCUCUGCCUCCUCCUC